CUUAUAGUAAAAGAAGGAAGCCCUGAAUAUUUCCUAGAAGCUCAGUUCGAUGGAGAUAAACGCAGAGUAUGGGAAAUGGGAAGAGACGGUUUGACUGGCGUGGAAGCAACACUGAAGUUGGUUCGAACAUUCCAGUUAAGUUCAGUGCAAAGCCGAGAUGGUCUGCGACGUUUCAGCUUGGCUAACACGGUAAUUGGAGACACGUGCCCGAAAUCCCCACCGUGUCCUACCACAAAAUACAGAACAUCUGACGGAACUUGCAAUAACCUGAGACAUCCAGAAUGGGGCAAAGCUUUCCACACGUAUGUUAGGGUACUGCCACCACGUUAUUCGGAUGGUAUCAACGAACCACGUGUUUCCUACGAUGGUGGUCCGCUGCCCAGUUCCCGCGAAGUCUCCUAUCGUGUGAGUCCGUCGAAUAACAAACCGAGCAGGAAAGUGACGGUGGCCUUCACAUUGUGGGCCCAAUUCUUGGCUUACGAUCUUUCACUCACGGGUGUCACGCAUGCUGGAAAUGGAGACAGUAUAAUAUGUUGCCAUCCUGAAAUACAGAAAAAUCCUCGACUUUUGCAUCCAGCCUGCAUGCCGAUUCAUAUCCCGGAUAAUGAUCCCUUCUUCCGUCAGUUCGGAAUUACCUGCAUGCAUUUCUUACGCUCAGUGGCUGCUCCUCGAGCUGAUUGUACAUUCGGACCUCGAGAACAACUUAACCAGGUCACUUCUUACCUCGACGCAUCAUCAGUUUAUGGUUCAUCUGAGAACACAACAAAAGCCUUGCGUAGCUUUGAAGGAGGUAAAUUAAAAUGGUCUCUGACUGGAGGUGAAGAAAUGUUGCCUAGAAACGGAUCUGUACCUUGUUCUAGCAGAGAUACGCCAUGUUUUGCUACAGGUGAUAAAAGAUCCAAUCAAAAUGUCUUGUUGACUCUCAUGCAUGCACUGAUGCUUCGGGAACAUAAUCGACUAGCUGAUCAGCUGGCGAAUCUGAAUCCAGGAUGGAGUGACGAGAUUCUUUUCCGGGAAGCCAGAAGACUCUUCUCUGCAGUGAUACAGCACAUCACAUACAGUGAAUUUUUGCCUUUGCUUUUAGGGAAUCGUGUGAUGUCUUCUUAUGGAUUAUCGCCUAAACUCUCUGGUUACAGUUUUGAUUACGAUCCGGAUCUCAAUCCAGCCAUCAUCAACUCGUUUGCUGCUGCUACUAACAGAUUUGGUCAUACGAUAGUUCAAAGCAGUGCUGAAUUGUAUUCAUCUCAAGGCGGAAGGAGGGACAGAAAUAUUCAUUUCAAUUUCGAUCCUUCUUUGCUCUACUCCAAAGGCAAUUUCGAUGCCUUGAUCAGAGGCAUAACGCAGCAACCUGCGCAAGCAUUUGAUGCCUAUAUUUCGAAUUAUUUGACGGAUGAUCUUUUUGGUACUUCGGGUCGCGGGCUGGAUCUAAUGGCACUGAACAUCCAAAGAGGACGCGAUCAUGGUCUUCCUGGUUACAACGAAUGGCGAGAAUACUGUGGUCUACCCCGAGUGCGCAAUUUCGAAGACUUGGCCUCAGUAGUAGAUCCUUUGGCGGCCAGGAAUUUCAGCAGGCUCUACAGGAACGUCGAUGAUGUGGAUUUAUAUCCAGCUGGACUCUCUGAAAAUCCUCUGCCAGACGCCAUCUUAGGUCCAACUUUUGCAUGCAUUAUUGCAGAACAGUUUCGCAGAUUAAAACUGGGAGAUAGAUUCUGGUACGAGAAUGGAGGAAUGGAAUCAUCGUUCAGUGAAGGGCAACUGCAAGAAAUAAGGAAAGUGACUCUUUCUAGAAUUCUGUGUGAUAAUACAAAUGUAGAAGAAGUACAACUCGUAUCUUUUGUUCGGCCAGUCAAAUGGAAUCCUGCUGAAAAUUGCAGAAAUGGUAAAAUACCUCGUAUGGAUCUGUCCUCUUGGAAAAAUGAGCCCGUUUGGACAUAAUUACAUUUACAUAUUUUGUAGCUAUGUGUACUGAACUAUAAUUUUGUAGUUUUCUCAGUAUCGUAAUGCAAAAAUAUAUAAUUAUUUAUUUAUUUUAUGAUAGCGGGUUUUUGAGAAAACUUAUAUGUGUAUCUGCAGAAGUAGCAGAUAAAUGUAUUUUCAUAGAGUUUAUAUUGAGUAUGUAAUUAUGUAAUGUUAAUAAACAUGGUAAAACUUA